UCAUCUACCUUUGUGGCCUCUUGCAAAUGCACUCCCAAAUAAUCCAAGUGCUGUGUCUGCUGCUCAGAGACCAGCCUGUACUCCGUGGGCACCUAUUGAAUUCCCCCCUUCUUGGUUCACGAUAAUGCCCACCAGACUCCCGGAUUCGUCUAUAACAUCGAUAUCGUUCGACCCGCUAUCUCCCACCUCGUCGGACAGCGAAAGUGACCGAGACGAGGCUGCCAGAGCAGCGAAGAGACGGAGGAUCGAACAAGUGGCACGGGAUUACUUGCAAGGGCAGCCACCGUUCAUUUUAACGGCUACGCUCAAUGGACCAUUCGAUGAUGGCUGGGUCAAUCCCUGGCGGAAAGUGCGCAAACAACAGCUGGUGUCGCCUCUGCAAAAUACGAAAAUUCCCACUCCACAACCUGUCGUGAGACAGCCAGCUCCGAAAACACUUCAGGGAACUCCCAGCUUAAUUCUCCCCACGGAUUCAUACCAGAGGCGUAGCCCUGUUGAUGGAUCUCAGCCUCGGCGGAUAGGCGCAAAUCUGGGCAGCCGCAGUAACUCAGGACAUUCCUCGAAAUCAAGGUCUACCGACGCAUCAAGCUCACGCCUGAAAAAAGACAAGACUGUUCUUCAACGCCCGCCAGAUGAGCCUCCAAAAUCUUCUAGUCCCUCACCUUCAGCCAGGCUAUACAGAUCGCGGGUAUCAAAGCGGUCGUCGGAACGAUCGCAAGCAAGCUCCUCGCCUCCCCACCGUGCGGGUACACGCUCCAGCCGGGUUAUUUGCUGUCGAACCCUCAAUUUUACAGCAAUUAAUGCACCUUCUUCUACUAGUGCACUUGUUGAGGCUGCUCAAGAUGCCUCCGUCCAUAACAAGCAAAAGGCCAGUCUCAAAUCCUGUUUCGGAGAGAGUUCAGUUGUGUCGGAGAAAUUACUGCACAAACCUAGUCAAAAGGCAUCACUUCGCCUAUCUGAAGAUUUAAGCAAGGCUACACCUCCUACAGAGCCAGAGCUAUGCAAGAACAAUCAAUAUGGAGCUGAUAUAUCUGCUUCUACUACAAGCAGCACUCUCAAAGCCACAAACAACUCAUCAUUUGAGAAUGCUGCUUCAGCAAGGGAUAUUGACCCUCCGGGAAGGAACAAGACAAUCACCAAAGAACCCCAGAAAGCUAAUAUUACGUGUAAUACAUUCAUUCUCCCACCGAGCCAGAGAGAAAAUGAAGCACGGAAAACGGGCUCUACACUUCCGGACCAGGAUUCCGAAACCAUGCCAGCAGCCCAGAUAGUUCCCACCAUCUUCACACCACCACAGCUCACACCAUUUACAUCAGCGGACCUACUUCAACUUCCGUUCAAUCAGAGCAACGACUCUGCUAUGAACGGUGGCCCACCGAAUAACGAGGCCCGCGAGAACGAUCGGUCUCAAGCUUCAGCCCUGGCCACACAGGGGUCUGCGACGAAUGAUAGCGCAUGCCCCCCACCCUUGAAAGAAGUUCGGCGGCGUCCUCCCAAUCUCAUUCAAAGGACUGCUUCCAGCAACUCGUUGCAGAAAGCUAUAAAGCCAUUCCGUUCAUUCAAUGGUGGUACCAGAGGUUUGGAGAAGAGAUCCAAAGUUACGACACAGUCGAAAAAUGCCCGGUUCGGUGAUGAAGAUAUAGAUAUUGACAACCAGGCAAAUGCACGGCGAUCAAGCACGCCAAAAAUACAGCAAGGAGCUCAUGGGUUCGAGCGAUUAGCGACACCUGCAUCCUGUCCCGCCAGCUUGCGGCCACAGAAGAUCAACCCUCCCGCUAAACCCUCCUCUCGGACUCUUCCACCUGGCUGCUCGCUGGUGGGGGAACGGGAGCACCCAUCCACUAGACACUCAUCAGGAACACCGAUGUCACUCACAAUGCCCAUCAGUGGGCUUACAGAUCUCUCGACGCAGCCAGAUGGCCAAGGCUUGCUCGUCCUGCAAGAGAAUUUUGACCUCACGGGAGCAAUCGAGGAUGCCGAGAGCUUCCUGCAAAGCUGGGAUAUCGAGCGGGACCGACAGCGGCUGCGAGAUAAUAACAACACAGCCAAUGGCCUGAAACUGCCUGCCCCCAAGGUUUAG